AUGGCUAUCGAGCCCGAGUUUCCUCGUGCAGAAUCCGUUGGGCAACGUGUCGGCUCCCAGACCGAUGCGCGCAGCGGCAAGUGCGGAUGUCAGAGCAACCAUGUGCCCAUCACCUCCGAAACACAGGUACAGGCCACGCUAAACUUUCUACUGUAUGCGGUUUGUGACUUGGCCGUGGCCAUGAAAUGCGCACGUUGGAUCCUUUCCACGAAUGAGGGCAUGCAUGCAUAG